AUGGCCGAGAUGCACGGAGCGCCACCACGCUUUGGUUCCGCUGGGCCCGAUGCCAUUUACAAGUUGACGCGCGCCUUCAAUCCCCUCCCCCUCACCGACCUCGUCAUGAUCCACAAGGGCACCAUUCGCGAGCGUGCGCCGACACGUGCGCCGUGUCCCGACGUCGUGGCCAAGCUCGAAGACAUCGACUUCUCGGCCGACGAACGCGCGGCCAUGCAGUACAUCUUUGGCGUUGAUUAUGCACAAGCCAAGCAAAUUGUCGUCGAUAUGCGCAAAGCCAUCAACGCGGUCGUCAAUGCUGGCGCCAACGAGACGGGACCCAACUCGGAUCACAAGCCUCCGGCAACGGCAGCGCGCGCGCAGGCGGCCGCCGCCACGCCAAGACGCAACGCCUUGGAGAAGCCUGCCGGGACGAGUGUAGCUGGGAAGCGGGGCCUCGAUACGAUGGUGAACACGAAGACCGGGUGUUCGCCCCCAGUCAAGAUGACGAUCAAGAAGCGUGCGGGCCGUCAAGCGGCCGCUAGCGCGGUGGUCCAGCAGCAGGAGCUCGAGACCAAGCCGGCUGCCUUCGAGGCUGUGCUCCAGAGCCUGCAAGCGGCGCAGAAGGCGGGAUUCGAACAGCUGCUGCACUCGCAUGCGGCGCUCGACGCCAAGAUCGGCGCCAAAAUUGAUGGCCUCGCAGCCGCGCAGGCGCUCACGGACGCCAAGGUUGAUGGCCUCGCGGCCGCGCACGCGGAGCAAGAAGACACGAUGGCCGCGCAUGCGCUGGCGCUGCUCAGUGUCUCGGGGGGCGUCGACGAGAUCAAGGCCAGUGUCCAGCGCCUGGAAACGUUGACGCUCAAGAACGCCGACGACAUCAAAGUCCUCACGGAGCAAGGGCUGCGCCUGGAAACGUUGACGCUCAAGAGCGCGGAGGACAUUAAAGACCUCACGGAGCAAGGGCUGCGCCUGCACUUUGCAUCGUCGACGACGCUGCUUGCGGCGGCAAGCGCCCUCAUUCCUCCGAGAGUGAUUCUCACCGACAAGGUCCUCUCUCCGGGCUCCAAGAAGCCGGCGCCGCUGCCGAAAGGGUACAAGGGGCCAUAUUACGCGUAUUUUGUCGACGAUUUGACGCGUCGCCCGGCCACGGAAGGCGAGCCGAUCCAGAUCGAAGCGGACUCGGUCACGCGCGAGGUCAUCCGCAGCUUGAUCCCGUACGCCGAGCGCGGGCUCGAGUGGGCCGGCGGACUCACCAAUGCGCUUGUCGCGACCUCGGUUGUUUCGCCCGACACCGCUGCCGUCACCGAGGCCGGGCUCGAGACGACCAAGUUUGCCCUCGAGCAGUUCAAGUCCGUCGUGUCGGGGCUCACGCGGGAAGACGUCGAGUCGGGCAGUGAUGCCUUCCAAGACUACGUCCUCAAGGCGAACCCGGAGAUGGUGUUUGGCGGCUUGAAGCGCUUUUCUGUCGUCGACGGCCCCGUCGUGUGGUGCCUCGAGGCGUCGAUGGUCACGUACCGCGAGCUGCUUCUCGCCAAGCUCGAGAAGCGCGAGUCCAUCUUCGGCAACAACGACCUCAUGGAUGUCUCGAGCGAUGCCAGCAUCAGCAGCAGCUCCAACAACAACGCCGACAUCUCGAUGGACGGCGAUAUCUCGAUGGACGGCGACAACAAAGCUGACAUCUCGAUGGACGUCUCGAUGGACGACUCGAUGGACAUCUCGAUGGACGACACGGGCAACGAUGCGGACAUCUCGAACAACGACAGCUAUGUCGGCGACGAGGACUCGAGCAACAGCAUCAACGCGUGACAACCCGCUGCCUCAAGACGACGCUCCUUCCGUAUUGUGUCGUCGUAUUAUGCAUGUCUUAUCUUAUCUCAAUAGCAAAUUAUCUUUAU